GGUAAUUUUACCCUGGAUGGUCUACCUAGCAACAGAUGACGCUGCAGGUCAGCUGACGUCUCUCUGGUUGUUAGAGCGCUCUCAGGGAAACUGUGUCAGAGUUUGUGAAGUCAAGAGAGGAUCAUGGCUUCUUUCCUCAGCGUCUGCCUGCUCUUCCUCAGCGUCUACACAGCAGAUGGAUAUCUGCAAUAUGUGACUGUCCGUUGUGAGUUCACCUCCUCUGAGCAGAAGGACAUCCAGUACAUCAACUCAUACUAUUACAACAAGUUGGAGUUGAUCAGGUUCGACAGCAGUGUGGGGGAGUUUGUUGGAUACACUGAGUUUGGAGUGAAGAACGCAGAGAGCUGGAACAAGGGUCCAGAACUGGCCGAUGCGAGAGCUUCGAAGGAGACGUACUGCCAAGGCAACGUUAAGCUCUACGAGCAGUACACCCUGCCUCACUCAGCGAAGCCCUACGUCCGGCUUCACUCCACGGUCUCUCCCAGUGGAUCACAUCCGGCCAUGCUGGUCUGCAGCGUCUACGAGUUCUACCCCAAACUCAUCAAAGUGAGCUGGAUCAGGAACGGACAGGAAGUCACCUCUGAUGUCACUUCCUCUGAAGAGCUGGCUGACAGUGACUGGUACUACCAGGUCCACUCCCACCUGGAGUACACGCCCAGGUCUGGAGACAAGAUCUCCUGCAUGGUGGAGCACGUCAGCCUGGGAGAGCCUCUGGUUACUGACUGGGACCCCUCCAUGCCAGAGUCUGAGAGGAACAAGGUAGCCAUCGGAGCUGCAGGACUGAUCCUGGGUCUGACCUUAUCUCUGGCCGGGUUCAUCUACUACAAGAGGAAGUCCAGAGGACGGAUCCUGGUUCCCAGCCACUGAUCCUGGUCCUGGUUCCCUGCCACUGAUCCUGGUCCUGGUUCCCAGCAGCUGAUCCUGGUCCUGUGUGUGUCUUCAAACCGCUUCAUGUGCUGCUAGCUGCUGAUUCUGUGAUGAUCUGAGCUCUGAUACUCUGCCGGUCUGAACCCUGAUCCAGGACUCUGGUCAUCAUGACUCUGUUGGGAAUUAAGGGCUCCAUAUAAACCAGUAUAUAGCAGAUAUAGUGCAGGGGGGGGGGGGGGGGGUGGUAUUUACUCUGACAGACCAGGUUCAGUCUGGACUCUGCUAGUCUUUGUGUGAAAUCAAUAUGUACUUAUAUCCAAAGCUCUGUUUCUAAAUCAAUGUACUCCAGGUAGUUUAAAGCCUUCCUCCAGGGUUGCUGAUUGUGAGACUUUUCAAUAAACCUUGAGACUACU